AUGGCGAUUCCUCGUCUGCUUGCGUGUGUCUGCAUUCUGCUGAUAUUACAUACUGGAUGUUUGGGAAAUGAAGACAACAUUGAGAAAUGUUCUGUUAAACCAGAACAUUUAGAUGCACCAGACGCAAGUUGUGGUUGCAAAAUUAGUCGCCAGUCUUCAUCUGCAGAUAAUAGCCUGACUGAAGAAAAUACCCCGACAUUAAAUUCAAAAUCAGAUAACGCUGACGAUGAAACCACUAUUAAAGAUGAUAAUCUAAAUGCAAAUCCCAGAACUGAUGAGAUGGUUUACAUUCCUGGAGGUACUUUCACUAUGGGCACAAACGAGCCCGUUUUUGUUGCUGACGGUGAAAUGCCAGCUCGACAAGUGACCGUUCAUUCUUUUUACAUGGAUAGAUAUGAAGUCAGCAAUGCUGAAUUUGACAGAUUUGUUACAGCAAAAAGUUACAAAACAGAGGCUGAGAAAUUUGGAAAUUCAUUUGUAAUGGAUAUGUACAUUAGUGAGAAAACUAAGGAGAAGAUAACUCAGAUGGUGGCCGCAGCACCCUGGUGGCUGCCUGUGGAAGGUGCUGACUGGCGCCAUCCCGAAGGCCCUGAUUCAGAUAUUAAAAACAGAAUGAACCAUCCUGUCACUCAUGUGUCUUGGAAUGAUGCAGUUGAGUACUGCAAAUGGGCUGGGAAAAGGUUACCAACAGAAGCAGAAUUUGAAUACGCAUGCCGAGGAGGGAAAGAUGAUAGAUUAUUUCCUUGGGGUAACAGCGUGAAUCCAAAGGGAGAACACUGGAUGAACAUUUGGCAAGGGGAAUUUCCUGCCUCCAACACCGCUGAGGAUGGCUACAUAGGCACUUGUCCUGUGACAGCAUUCCCUGAACAGAACAAGUUUGGCCUCAAGAACAUCAUUGGUAAUGUUUGGGAAUGGACACAGGAUUGGUGGGAGACCAGAUUUUCUCCAGAGGCCAAGUCUAAUCCAAAAGGCCCAGCAACUGGUGUUGACAAGGUUAAAAAGGGUGGAUCAUUUCAGUGUCAUAAGUCCUACUGUUAUCGCUACAGAUGUGCAGCUCGCAGUCAAAACACGCCAGAUAGUUCUGCAGCAAAUCUGGGAUUUAGAUGCGCCAGUGACAAGCUUCCAAAUGAUUUACAGCACAAGAAGACUGAGUUAUAA